GUAUAUUGGAUUGAAACGCAUUCCUGAUUUAAUCAUGACUAAACUUUGAUAUGAAUCAACAACCGCGGUCUAUGCUGUUAGCUUUUUAUCAUUCAGAUUUAGUUGGUUGAAAAACCAAUCUCACUUCCGAUUCUUUCUCGAUGGAAUUCGACGAUGCUGCAACCUGCCACCAUGCGCUAGAGAGUUGGAAUUUCGCCGCCUCAAACGCAGUCAGCAGCCACUCCGGCCAGUGUGUUAGUUUCGAAUCGACCGGAGAAGUCGAAGCAAGUUAGAAACGAGUUGUCGGUUACCGUAAUUGCUGUCGAUUGGUUCGUUGCGAAGUCAGCAUUCGGUCGAAUACUAAUCUUUCUGAAUACAGGAAUGCCGUUUAUGCAUUCCGAGGCGUUGUAAAGGUCGAUGCCUUACUAGUGGAUUUGCUUUGCUCUAGCUGGAGAUACAUUUUAUGGAAUUUAGGAGGGAAAAAUAAUUCAACCCUUGUUACUGGCCAAUAUGUCGUCAGCUUCCAAGAAGAUUCACAACCACAAACGUGUGGGUUCCACCGGCACCACUGGGGAUGAAUCCUAUUCUUCAGAUGACGACGAUAAUUUGGAAAUAGAAACUGCUGACGUUACUAUCAGAGAUCACGUAACACGGCAACUUUUCAGUGAUCGAGCCGGAUAUGAGUACUCUAGUGUCAACACAGUUUCAGAAAAAGUCAGGGGAUUGAGUGUCACUGAUAGAAACAGCUCGGACAGUUCAAUGUAUAGCGACUUGGAUAUAGAAAAAUGCGACUUAGAAGUGAUAUCUGCGUUUGAUCUGAAAGAUGAUAGUGAUAGCAAAAGCGCAGCAAGUGGGAGUGACCAAAUCGAUUGGUCCGGAUCUGUGGUGGCCUGCAAGGACCAGCUGGUUAUGGGACUACAGGACGAAUUGAAGCAAGCCAGUCGGCAGUUGCAAAUCAAAGAUGAUGAACUGGCUCGUGUGAACAGGAUAAGACAGGAUGUGGAAGCAGAAUUGGAAGACCUAACAGCCAGCUUAUUUCAGGAAGCCCACAACAUGGUGAGAGAAGCAAAUGAAAAGCAAGCAGCAGCAGAAAAGACACUAAAAGAAAGCCAAAUGAAAGUAGAUGUACUAACGGCCGAAGUAGCGGCCCUAAAAACGCUUGUACUCACAUCAACACCCAGCUCACCCAAUCCACAUCUUCACCCGCAAAUAUGCAAAGAUGACUCAGGAAUGACAAUAUUUACUAAAAAGCAUAGACGAUCGCCUUCCCAUUACAAUCUGAAAUAUGGCAGGGAAAAUUCGCCUCCAGGUUCUCCAGUUAAGGACGCAACUCUUGCAGGAAAUCCAGAAAUUGAAGUUGAAAGCAGAGAAGGAAUGGAGGUUGAUCCAGUGUUUCACAAGGAGUUCUUGGAGUGGCGAAAGAACCCUGUCAUAGACAAAGCUGACCCGUUUGUAAACCGAAUUUUUCGCGAGGAUAUUACUAUGUGCCUGGACUUUAGCAAUAGGGAAUUGUUGGAAAGAGUCGUUAAAGCCGUUGAAGAUGGUAGUGUUUUAGUUGAAUCGGUUGGCGACAAAACAAAAGUAAUAUUUCCUAAAACAUGCGCUCUCUUACAAGUACCCAGAUUGUGCUUUUACCGCAUGAGCGUUGGGGACGCUGACUCAUGGUAUAGCAUAUCUCAAAUAUGUAGAAAUAGGAUAAUUGCCGUCUGUGAUUUUUUAAACUAUCUCAAGUAUAUCCAGAGAGGACUAGUUAAAAGUUGUG